AUGAGCAAGACGGAAAACAAUCUGCGCGUAGAAUUGACGGACGAGCAAAAACCAUCUGCGGAGGAUCUCGAACGAGUAGCGAAUGAACCACGACCUCUUACGAUGCGCGAGAGACGGCAACAAAACAGAGAUGCACCCAUGACCACCGCACAAAUGCGAGCAAUGCGCGAGAGUCGAAGACUUAAGAGAGAAUCGGAGAUGGAACAAUUAAAAGAAGAAGGGAAAGAAAUCGAACUAGCGCAAAUGAACGCACCUCACAAACCUCUUAUCAAAAAGCCGAAGAGUGUUGUCAUUCGCAAAUGGGAGACAAAUUUCCCCUCUGGUCGUAAGAAAUCGUUCGCAGACGAGCUUGUACCCUCUCCGCCAUCAGCGCCCUUGGGCAGAAGACCAAAGCCAGAAACAACACUAUAUUCAGCGCCUGAGACACCAAUCAGUUCACUCUCGCUCAAUCUCAACAAAUUGCAAGACUUCAAUUGGUACUGGGAUACCUUUCCGCCAACUGUCGCACAGAAAACGACUGCAAACCACUUCUUCACUACCCACGGCCGGAACGCAAAGUUACUAAGGAGCAUAGCUCAAUUCCGUCUCUUCCCCGAGUCCGAUGUGCCGGAAGUGGCUUUUGUCGGUCGUUCCAACGUUGGCAAAAGCUCGCUGCUCAACGCCGUCGUAAACGCCGAUAUCAAAGCACUACUAGCGCGUACCUCGUCUACCCCAGGCUUCACCAAAACAAUGAACCUCUACGGUCUCGGCGCCGGCAACGGCGUAACCAUCAAGAAACAAGGUCAAGAUCGCGAAAAGAUCGUCGGCCUCGGUGGUCUAACCAUUGUUGACAUGCCCGGUUAUGGCGAAGGUUCACUCGCAUCCUGGGGUACGGAAAUCAUGAAGUACAUCACCAACCGCAAGCAACUCCGCCGCGUCUUCCUCUUGAUCGACGCCGAACACGGUAUCAAAGAUAAAGACCGCUCCCUGCUCGCCUCGCUGCGUUUGGCCGGUGUAAGUCACCAAGUCAUUCUCUCCAAGCUAGACAAACUAUACAUCCCCGCAGCCAAGGAGAUCAAACGCCACGAUGGAAAAGUGCUGCGUCGCUUGUCCCCGAAAGGUAGCCCCGAAGAACUCAGAAAAGCGAUGGAGAAGUUGAAGUACGAUAUCCAGCCGCCGGUCGGAGGCGGUGCGCUAGGAGAGAUUCUAGGUGUGAGUGCGGAGACGCUGGUAGAAGGGAAGAGGUUGGGUGUUGAUCACGUGCGGUUCGCUGUGUUGAAGGCUGCGGGGUUGGAUCAGAAGUUUAGGAGGGAGAGGAAGAUGCAAGAGGAGAGAGCUGACAAAAGGGCACUUGAGUCGGGCGAUUUUGAAUAA